GAAUAUCACUUGGCCGAAUAUCGAGGGUAAGUAAAAUUUUUGAACUACAUAAUAUUCUAUUGAUUUCUCAUUUAUAUAGGUCCAACUCGUUCACUCUAUUCUCGUCUUUUUGCUCUUGAUCAUUGUAAUCAUCGAGAUUAUCAAAAUAUUGCAGUCAAUGGAGCUAACAGUAACAAUAUUCUUAAUAUUUCAAAAACAUUAACACGUGAUCAACAAAACGAUGUACCUUUACUCGUUAUUUAUUCAUUAGUUGGUAAUGAUGUUUGCAAUGGUCACGAAGAUACAUUUGCACAUAUGACCACUGUUGAAGAAAUGUUAAACAAUACAUUGAAAAACCUGGCUUAUCUCGAUACUGUUUUACCUAAAGGCAGUCAUGUUCUUACAACUGGUCUAGCUAAUGGUAGCCUUUUAUAUCAACUUUUACAUGAUCGUAUCCAUCCAAUAGGACACGUAGGUCCACCAAUAACUUAUGAACACCUCUAUAGUUAUUUAAUGUGUUUACAAAAAUCGCCAUGCAAUGGAUGGCUUUCAUCCAAUGAUACAGUUCGACAGAUGACCACACAACGAGCUGUUGAUUUAUCAGAUGCAGUACGUAAUGCUACAUAUUCAUAUUCACCACGUAACUUUGAUGUUGCUUAUCUUGAUUUUCCAUUCGAUGCAGCAAUUAAAGAAUGGGAAGCACAAGGUGGUGAAGCAUGGCAAUUGAUUGAAGCUGUCGAUGGAUUUCAUAUUAAUCAAUUUGGUCAUGGAGUUACAUCUGAUAUUCUUUGGCAAUGGUUACAGGCAAAUAAACCUCAUUGGUUACCACCAUUAAAUCCACAUAAUGCGGAUAUCGAGAGAGUGUUUAAAGACCAAGGUGGUUAUUGA